AUAGAGAAGGGGUUGGUGUAUGAUAUCAUGGUCGGCGGCGGGGUACGAACCAAAGCGACAACCCGAAUCUUCUCCCCGCCUCAUCCAUCAAAACACCUCUCCUCUCCUCUCACUCUUCACGCGAGACAGCUACGUUCUCGAGUCAACCAUUUUGCUAUCGCCUUUCCGACGAAGUAAUUGUUGGCAUAUUUGGGCCAUUAGCAACCGGAUACUACCGCAAUGUCGACGAACUAUACCAUCACCGACCUCCUCCCCCUUCCUAACUCCUCCGUCAAGAUCCCCCGCCUCGGGUUCGGCGUCUACCGUUCUUCUCCCGCGCAAUGCACAAAGUCUUGUCUCAAGGCUCUGGAGGUGGGAUACCGCCACCUAGAUACGGCGCAAUUCUACGCAAAUGAGCAAGAGGUCGGGGACGCGAUCCGAGCCUCUGGUCUUCCUCGCAGCGAAAUCUUCGUGACAACGAAGAUCCUUGCUCCGGCGGGUUCGCCAGAAGCGACCUAUAACAAGCUGGUCGCGAGUGUGGAUAGCAUUGGUGGAAAGGAUGGUUAUGUCGAUCUGUUUCUUAUUCAUAGCUCUAGCUCCGGCUCUUCGGGCCGAAAGGAUCUAUGGCAGGCCUUGGAAAGGCUCCUGGAGGCUGGCCGAACCAAGAGCAUCGGAGUUAGCAACUUUGGAGCGAAACAUAUCGAGGAGAUGAAGGCAUAUGCGAAAAUUUGGCCGCCACACGUCAACCAGAUCGAGCUCCACCCCUGGUGUCAGCAACGGGGAAUCGACGCAUACUGUAAGAAGAAUGGAAUCAUCGUCGAGGCCUAUUCCCCAAUCGUCCGAAACUAUAAGGCCAACGAUCCUACACUGGUCGAAUUGGCAAAUAAAUACCAGAAGACAACCCAAAAAAUUCUGAUACGCUACGCAUUGCAGAAGGGGUGGGUUCCGCUACCGAAAACCGAUCAUCCGGAGCGCAUUGUGGCCAACGCCGAUGUAUUUGACUUCAACAUCGCUGACGAGGAUAUGGCCGUCUUAAAUGCACUGGAUCAGGGAAGUGUCGGGGCCAUUGUGGAAGCUGUUGUUAAUGAAUAAAUCGCUCUAUCUAGAUAUUAUAAUUAUAAUGCAAAUGCUGAGAGUUUAAUAGUCUGGCCGUUGCAUUAGAAAGGCGUUGACGGAUUGCAGGGUGGACCGGGAAGGAUUCACAUCGUGCUUCGAUGAGACAAUCCAGGCAAGGCGCUGUCGGAUGAACUGCUUGCCAAUCACUUGGUCCACGCGCGGCUCAGUGAAUUC